CCAGCCUACAACUCCCGGCGCGCCGCGGGGCGCGGGGACCAGCCGCUUGUUAUUUCCGGGUUGGAGGCGCCGCCAUUUUGGGCAGUGACAGACGGGACUCGCUGUUGUCGGCCCCGCGUCCCCCCUUCAGCACCGUCACCGCCACCCACGGCCCGACCGGGGCAGCAGCAGCAGCAGCAGCAGCCCGCGCUGAUCCGCACCGAACCGCACCGCACAGCACCGCGCCCACAGGAUAUGUCAACCAUGAAUCCCGAAUAUGACUAUUUAUUCAAGCUGCUGCUCAUCGGAGACUCUGGUGUUGGGAAAUCUUGCCUUCUCCUCAGAUUUGCAGAUGAUACAUACACAGAAAGUUAUAUCAGUACAAUUGGUGUGGAUUUUAAAAUCCGAACAAUAGAGUUAGACGGCAAGACCAUCAAACUUCAAAUAUGGGACACAGCUGGUCAGGAGCGGUUUCGAACAAUCACUUCCAGUUACUACAGAGGGGCACAUGGCAUCAUCGUUGUGUAUGAUGUUACUGACCAGGAGUCAUUUAACAAUGUAAAGCAGUGGCUUCAGGAAAUAGAUCGCUAUGCCAGUGAAAAUGUUAACAAGUUAUUGGUAGGAAACAAGUGUGAUCUGACAACCAAGAAGGUGGUGGAUUAUACAACAGCAAAGGAAUUUGCAGAUUCCCUGGGGAUCCCGUUUUUGGAAACCAGCGCGAAGAAUGCGACGAAUGUAGAACAAGCCUUCAUGACGAUGGCUGCCGAGAUCAAGAAGCGAAUGGGUCCGGGCGCCACGUCCGGCGGCUCGGAAAAGUCGAACGUAAACAUCCAGAGCACGCCGGUCAAGUCGUCCAGUGGCGGCUGCUGCUAAGAAAAUUUCCACCAUUUCCAAAAAAAAAAAUUUGAUUUCAAAGGCCCAAAAGCAAGAACCGUUGCCUGACCCCGUACUGUAAGUAGACACACUACUGCAGACUCGCCCCUGCCCUCCCCUCCCCCACUCCC